GAUCGCGACAGCACACGAUGCCCAACUCGCUCUAUGUGGGCGGCCACCGUCCAAGGAAGCAUAUUCAUGUUUCCAUAACAUACAAGACGCAAAAGAUUGACACAUUUGCGAUUGACCCCUCUGCGUCCCUCACGAGCAUUAUAAAGGAAUUAUGCAUCUCCCACUUCGCCUGUGGGAACCCUGCAAACUAUUGUCUACGACUGGUAGAAACAGAAGAGCUGGUUACUCAAGAGAGACUAAGGAGGAAGCUUCGGGAUGCCUCGAACCUCAAACUCGUUUCCUCUCCAGCCAUCAUGGCUGCCGAUAUGGUCAAAGACUUGACUCCAGAAGAUCAAACCCUCCUCAAGCGAACCAUAUUUAUGCUACAAAAAUACCUCAAGGAGGAUGAAUUUGUGGACGAGUUCAUUGCCAGAUCCGGACUGGAAAAGCUACAGGACGUGAUAAUAACGGCGCAAGGGAAUACUUUAGCAUAUGCAUUGACCUCACUGCAGACUCUAAUGGAGCAUGAUCGUGGUUGGGACACCUUCAGUCCAUCCUUUAUCAGCACACUCGUCUCUAUCAUCGUAAAACAGAAUCUCGUCAACAUCUGCCGACCAGCUACAGCGAUUAUCAUCAAACUCGUCGUGGCCGACCCGAGUAAUCCAUCAUCUGCCAUCCAGUGCUACGGUUUUGAUGUUGUUAAUCGAGCAAUAUCAGCCCAGUCGUCCUUUUUACCAACCCUUGUGCAUCGCCUUUCUGCCACCGACUAUCUUCUUCAACUCAACUCGAUGCAUCUGAUAAAUUCUCUAUUUCGACAUGUGACCGAACGAGCACGGAUUGGCUUCAUCGAAAUGCUGGACGCGCUAGAUAUUCGCACAGUAGUCUUGAAACUGAUGCAAAGUAGUCCGGCGGACGAACUCAAAGCGCAAGUAGUCGAGUUUCAGCGACUACUGAUCUUGGAAGGGCAUAGGAGAAAGAGGACGCCAGUGAGAGUGCAUAAACAUGAACAUGCAAAAUCUUUAAAGGAGCUAUGGGAGUGGUCGGAGAUUGACCCUGAGGAAGUACCUGAUUGGCAGCGAUUGGGGUUUACGAGUACCUUUCCUCAUCGUGACCUGAGUCGCGUGGGUGUUCUUGGGCUGGGGGCAUUACACAGCUAUGCCCAACAAAAUCGCGAAGCCUAUCAAAAGUUUUUCAAAAAGCAGCAGGAACAGGUACCAGAAAGGCGAUGUCCGUUUGCCCGCGCAGGCAUCGAAGUUUGCGAAAUACUCGCCGAUUUUUGGGAAGUCAGCACAGGGUAUUCCACAACGACAUCGUAUCAGCCUCUUUUACUUACUUUCCAUGAAGUGUUCGCUAUAACUCUUCAGACGUUCUUUCGAUUGUGGGACGAAAUGGAAGCUGACGCCACAGGGGAUGACAUAAAUCGUGUUUCCGCUCUUGUUCGAUCUCAGUUCAAACACUCUGCAUCAGCUGGCAAGCCGCUUGAUCCAAAUCUACUCUCAUCCUUCAGGACUGAGAUGCUAGAAACACCUUACAGCAUUGUCAGAGAACGGCAGUUGAAGAAUUUAGAGGUUGAAGAUGAUCUGAUGACUAAACUUCCCGUCAGAAAUCUCCGCGAACGCUUUUACAAAGACAGCUAUGAAACAGUAAAGCGGCAAAGAAUAUCGUGUUUGACGAAGGGCGCGUGGUUCCCAGUGAUACGUGAGAAGGGAAGAGUGAAGGGGUUGUAUCGAUUUUAUCGGCUUGGAGCAAAUCAUAAAUUCCUGCAUUACGGGGAAUUCUCUGAAGUGCUAAAUAGACGGCCUUUGCCAGAUGAGCUCAGCGAGCGCAGUGAGUAAUGGUCUAUCCAGUCUGCUUCAACCAUCUGCUAAACUGUUUAUCUUGUCAUCAGUCGACAUGUCUCUUGCGACGGACCUCCUUACGGGCCAAUCUUCCCCAAUAUUCCGAUCCAGGAAGAACGCAGGAGAAAACCCGUCCCUAUCCUUCUCCCUUGUGUCUUCAUCAUCGUCCGAUCAAGCAAAUCCUUCCAUGGCAGAUUUCGUGUGUUCUUCAGCCGUGCAAUAUUCCGAGUGGACCGACGGGUUCAACAUGCUUUUAGAUAAAAACAUUGCCAACCGCGAUACUGCCGAGUAUAUUCAGCAACUCACAGAUGUAGCCGUCAAGCUCGCGUUGCUUGACUUGACGGGAGAUGGAAUCGACGUUGCUGCGGUGUCCACUGUUGAUGUACCUGAUUUGCCGACUUCUAGUACUUUCUGGUAUGAUGAUGGUGCCGGAGUGGCCGGUGGUGCGCUCUUAGCGGCACUAGGCGAUGGACGGUCAGCUACGCCUGUUCCCAAUGGAGAGGAAGAUGAAGCGUUUUCAGAGGCGGGAGGGUCGGUGUACGAGGUUGCCUCUACGGAUUCCUUUUUGGAUUGCUAUACAUGAUAGACGUUUUUUAUUUAGAUUGUAAUUUUACAGUGAAUUUGUAUGUAUUUUUUUUUGUAAUGUAUAUUCUUUGCUGCCGAGA